AUGCCUUAUUGGUACUAUGAUAAGAAAGAUUUGCAGAACACGCCGUCAUUUCGCGAUGGAAUCAGCAACGAGACUGAAAAUCGCUACCGUAAAGAAGGCGCAAGGUUUAUUAUUGACACGGGAUCAAAGAUGGACUUAGGUUAUAACACAGUAGCAACGGGAGUUGUUUACUUCCAUCGCUUUUAUAUGUUUCACUCAUUCAAGACAUUCCCAAGGUAUAUCACUGCAUGCUGCUGUCUAUUUUUGGCUGGCAAAGUAGAAGAAACUCCAAAAAAGUGUAAAGAUAUAAUUAAAGUUGCCAAGCCGUUGCUCACAGACCAGAAAUUUAGCACGUUUGGAGAGGAUCCCAAAGAAGAGGUGAUGACAUUAGAAAGGAUUUUGUUGCAGACAAUAAAAUUCGACUUGCAGGUUGAACAUCCUUAUGGAUAUCUAUUGAAAUAUGCCAAGUGCCUAAAAGGAGACAGAGCCAAGUUACAGAAGAUGGUACAGAUGGCGUGGACGUUUGUGAAUGACAGUCUGUGCACAACCCUAUGCCUGCAGUGGGAGCCUGAAGUAAUAGCUGUUGCGCUCAUGUUUCUUGCUGGUAAGCUGAGCAAGUUUGAAGUUGUAGACUGGAACGGUCGCACACCCAAACAUAAUGCGUGGUGGGAUAUGUUUGUUGAGGAUAUCACUAUGGAUUUACUGGAGGACAUUUGUCAUCAGGUACUUGAUCUGUAUUCACCGCAAACACAACAAUCUGGUGGUGAUUCACCUUCGGAGACAUCAACGUCUAAGCCGCCAAAAAACGAGAAGAAGCCGCCCUCCAUUACACCGCCCGCUUCCGUAUCACCUGUCGCCGCUGUCGCGACUAAGCCGGUGGUCACGCCCGUAAAGAAUGGAGGGGAAACAAAAACAGAGCCUCUAAAAAUGGAGCCUUUGAGAUUCAGCUAUCCAAGUUACCCGGGGAUGCCGUAUGCGCCUGUUUACAGCGCACCACCUCCUGGGGUCGUGCCGCAUACAGUUGCGGCCCACGUUCCACCGCAUAGUGUGCCUCCACUUAGCGUCCCCCCUCAUAGUGUGCCUCCACACAGCGUCCCCCCUCAUAGUGUCCCUCCACCACACACUGUGCCCCCGCAUAGUGUACCUCCUCCCCAUACCGUCCCUCCUCCUCACACUGUGCCCCCGCAUAGUGUACCACCGCCCCAUACCGUACCUCCACACAGUGUACCCCCUCCACAUACCGUACCGCCAGUUGUACCAUCGCUGACGUAUCGAGAGCCUCCACCAAAUCACACACGCUUUGGAACUCCAGUUAGUGUUCCACCUCCUAAUUACUACCCCCCAUUACCAGCCCGUGGACCAUUACCCCCUCGACCUUUGCCACCGGGGCCGCCUCCCCCAAGGCCGUAUUAUCCACCUCCGUAA